AUGGAUUAUCAAAGUCAAGACGAUACUACUGACGAUAACAGCAGCACACAAUAUGAGGGAUUAGUAUUCAAUUACACCGGACAGAGACGCUUUGAAAUUCCUUCCAAUAUCACUGUGCUGACCAUUGAAGAAUCAUUGUUAUUUGCAUUUGCAGCAGUCGUGGUCGAACGCAUUGAAGAAGCAGCCUUUGCCGAUCAACACAAAUUGAGGUCGGCCUUGAUUCCUUCCACUGUUCAAAGAAUUGAACGCGCUGCCUUUGCCAAUUGUUCUUUGCUCAAUGAUCUGGAAUUGGUGGAAGGUCAAUUGGAGGCCAUUGAAAGCAUGGCCUUUGCUCGAUGCACUUCCAUUUCCGAAAUAUCCAUUCCAUCGACUGUGGAAGAGAUUGGCGACCAUGCCUUUUUGAAUUGUACAGGCUUGGUAAAUGUUAACUUUCAAAGAGACGGAACACUGAAAAAGAUUUGUGAAUAUGCCUUUCGAAAAUGUGAGGCUCUACAAAAGGUUGCCAUUCCACCAUCGGUCAAUAGGAUUGAAGAAUUUUCCUUUGAUGGAUGCUCCUCUUUGGUCGAACUGAGCUUGUCCGUGGGGUUGCAAGAUAUUUGUCGCAAUGCUUUUAGUAUGUGCGUCUCGCUCAAGACGGUGGAUAUCCCUAGUACUGUAAUCGUACUGAGUGAGGGAGCCUUUGCGAACUGUAAGGCGUUGGUGGAGGUCAACAUGGUUUCUGGCUUGGAAGAGAUUCGUGCGAAUGUAUUCGAAGGGUGCUGUUCGUUACAGGCAGUGGCUAUUCCAGAUACCGUCUCUUGGAUUGGGGACAUGGCCUUCAAUUUCUGUAUUGCCUUGGUGUCGGUGGAGCUUCUUCCAACCACAACUGAAAUUCGAAUGGGCGAAGCCGUCUUUAACAUGUGCAAGAAUCUAGUGAACAUUUCCAUUCCGAGUACUUUCAACGACCUCGAGGAAGGCGCAUUUGUUGGAUGUACACUACUCCAACAGAAAUAUGCGGGAAGACAAAUCACCGAAGCUCUCAAGGAGAGAUUCCAAGGGUAUCCCAUUCACGACUUGUGCUACCAUGCCUCCACUACAACAGAGAAGGAACUGGUGUCGGCAGCUGCAGCAGCAGAAAAUUCUGGCGAUGAUAAUAGAGCAAGUCCAGAUGAUCUAGUGGAUGUCUUUGGUAUGACACCGUUUCAUAUAUUGGCAUCUGGUAAACAACACAUGGAUCUCUUUCGCACCCUCAUGAAUCUAUAUCCGACCGAGUUGCUGAGUCGCAAGGAUCGCCGCGGGAACAGCCCUCUGGGAUAUUUGUGUAUACAUGUGUCCAAAGAAGCUCAUGCCUUAUUUCAAACAAUCGUCCAACAAGAAAUACUGGACAUUGCAAAUCAAUUGGGGUUGCAAAAGUGGCGGAUGGAAAUAUUGGACAUGGCCAAUCCAUUGCAAGAUGGUCACGAGGAAUGGUCGUCUACCUCCUAUAUAAAUCGACGCAAGUGCGUCGAAACGGUGUAUACCAAACUAGAAAAGUAUAUUAUUGUGGAGAAAACGUCCUUGCUGGAGGAGGCACUGUGGAAAGCAAACAACAUUAUGGACGACUCGAUAACGACAACGACUACAAGUCGGAUUGUAGAUCGACGAGAUGCUCGAUUCACAAGCGGGGCAUCCAUUGUGAUUCCACAAGUGACGAUCUUCUUGGGGUACACGUACAAUCCCAAGAAAAAUUGA